GAUGGAUAAUGAGAUCAAUAAUUAAGAUUAAUAAUAACAAUAAUUUCUAGAUGAUGAAAGUAUUAAACCAUAAAAUUUAUUUACUAACCAUCUUAUCACAUCUAAUAGAAGAAGUUACACAAAUUUUUCUUAAUCUCAACUUAUUUAGUCAAAUCUCUCUUAAUUAUUAGAAAAGGUUUUAAUUCAUAUUUUAUCUGAAUAACUAAUAGAGAUGGGUUCAUUUAUAGUAGUAGACAAAUGUGAAUUGGAAUUAUUUUGCUUAAAAAUAUCUAUUUAACCUCUUAAAGAUUUUAUUUAAAAUUAGGAUAGCUCUAGACUUCAUCAUUAAUAAUUAUAGCAUUAUUAAAAUUAUGAAAAAGAUUUAGAUACAAUUAAAGCUCAAAUUGAUCCAAGAAAAUUAAGAAUGCUAAUUUUUUAAUGUAAUAAAUUAGUUGUAACUAAUAAAUCUAUCUAAUUAUUGAUUAACAAAUUUAAAGUUCAGAUUUAUGCUAAUUCUUUAGAUGCUGAAUUAAGUAGGUUACAGUGUUAUAAUUUAUUUGAAAAAAUUCAAUAAGAACUUUCUCAAAUAUAAAAGUAUCAUGAUAUAAUAAAAUAAAGAUUAGCAGAGAAAAAUGAAAUUGCAUAAUUUUUAAAUUAUCCAAUAAAAGAUGUAUAUAAAUAAGAAAUUAAACGUUAAUUUUGUUAAUUAUUCUUGUAAAAAGAGUAAUAAUUAUAAACUUAAAAAUAAAAGACUGAAAUUUAACCAACAUUAACAAUUAUUAAAAAGCUCCAAAGUCAUCGUUAAUCUACACUUACUUAAUUAAAACCUGGAAAGCAUACUUAAUCUAUUUCAAAUGAAAAUAGAUUAAUUGAGGAAGCUACAAUCAAAAGCAGAAUUACUUAGCAUUUUUCUUCAAUUGAUAAAAGAGUAAAUGACACAAUGUCAUAAAAAUAAUUAUAAUUAUUGUAAAAAUAUAAAACGAAAUUUUCCACAACAUUUUAUGAUUCCUUCACUAUGAAGUUGAUCGAAAACAUUUAUUUAUCUAUUUAAACAAAUUUUAUUAUAAAUAACUUAGAAGAAGUAUUUGAAAAUCAUAAUGAUCAAAUUAAUUUUUAGCCGUUACAAUAAAUUAUGAAAUUACUAAAAACUCAAACAUGUCUGAAUAUAUUUGAACAAAUCAUAAACAAUAAAUCCUUUUAACUUAAUGAUGAAAUAUGUAGUAAAGAUCUUAAGGCUAAAUGUAAAUAAGAUCUUAAAAUACUUUCUGAUAUUUUUACAUAAGAAUAACUUAUAAAACUACAUUAAGAUACAUAUCAUUUAAAUUAAAUGAUGAGCACGUAUUUAAAUUAAUUAGAUAAUAUAAUCCAUUAAAUAUUAGAUGAUAAUAAAAAAGCAAUUAAUUUUGAUGCAAUAUAAAUAAAGACAGAUGUUUUUUAAUUAACAGAAGAUAUUAGUUCUAAAAUUUAUGGUUAAACUUUAUUAAUGUUAAAAUAUAUUUAAAACAAUAGUAUCAUUUUAUUAUAAUCUUUAUCAAAUUUUUUAUCAAAAACUAGUUUUUCAGAACAAAAUGUACUCCUUUAUCCAUUUCAAUAAUUGGCAUCAGCAAUCAAUAAAACAAUAAACUAAGUUAUGCAUUAAGCUUAAAAUGAAAUAGUAAGUAAUCUAUUAUUUGAAACAUAUAUUUCAAUUAUUUCGAAGCAUAUGAUUGAUAGAAGAUAAUAAUAUACUGAAUAACUUAAUACUUAAAGUAAAUAAAUCAUGUUGUAAAUUUCUUAAAUAAUUUAAGGAAAGUAAUUAAAAUAGUAAAUAUAAUCAUAUUCUUAAUAAAAAGUAAUGUUAUUUGAUUUAAAUGAAAUUUAAUAAUCAAUUGAAUGGCUAUUUGAUUAGCAUAUACUCAAAAAAUAAAUUAAUAGAUCAAUGGACUCAAUUGAAGAAUUUUCUUUCUUUAUUUCAUAAAUUAUUUCUUAGAUAAAAGCUCUUUUUGAAGAAGAAUUUUUUAGUGAAAACAUUAAAUAUAAUAGAAUCGCAUCUUAAUUAUAGCUCUUUGAAAAUUAUGUAAAAUAAGAAAUACUUAAAAAACCAUCUGAAUAACAAUUGAAAAUCUAAUGGUCAAAUAAAAUCUUUAGACUUUUUCAUAAAAUCAAUAAUGAAUAUUUACCUACAUCAAGAGCAACCACUAGAAGGAAAUAAACAACAGAACCAAAAUCAUUAGAUUAUCAAAUUUCUUUACAGAGCCCCAUACCAUCUUAAUAGUAAUAAAAACACACACUUUUUAAGCAGAGUAUUUAUGUGAAAGGAAAUAGAACACAUAUUCAAUAAACUGAAAGAUUAACUUAGUCUACUGUGAAGUUUAAAGAUUAUAAGGAUUUGGAAAAAAAAUUAAGUUGA